UGUCCAGGAUACACCGACAUGACUGACAGCUUACACGUUAGAUCAUGAAUCCAGCUUCCAUGGAUCUCACCUUGAUCCACUAGUCACGAUGAUGGGGCUAGUGUCACUGUUGUUGUACUGCUCGGCAGUAGCAGUGGGGCUUGUGCUCUUCAUGUUGUUCAAACCCAAAGAGGAGGACAAGGAACGGCGACCUGUAGACGAAUCCAUGACCCAGGUGUGGGAGCGUGCUGAACCCUCCCUGUUGGCAUUACUGGGUUUGAAGGACAAUGCAUUAACACGGUUUUUUGCUUUUGAAGACCACUUUCACACCUUUCGUGAGGUCAGCCGUGCAUGUAAACGGGCAGGCCUGGAAGCUUGUAAUUUGAUUAUCGGGGUGGAUUUCACGGCCAGCAAUGAAUGGCAAGGACGUAAAACAUUCGGCGGCAAUAACUUACACAAGGUCAUUCCUGGCAAGGUGUACAACCCAUAUCAGAAAGUCAUCUCUAUUUUAGGCGAGACUCUGGAACCUUUCGAUGAUGACAGGCUUAUCCCUGCUUAUGGAUUUGGGGAUACAACAACUUUAGGACACAGCGUAUUCCCUUUCAUCAGCGAUGAAAAGCAAUGUUUUGGCUUCAUGGAAGUUCUAGACAGGUAUAAUGUCCAUGCCAAGAAGGUCACUCUGAGUGGGCCAACAAACUUUGCACCAUUAAUUCACAAAGCAAUAAACAUUGUCAAAACCAAAGGUACAUUCCACAUCCUUAUAAUCAUUGCAGACGGCCAGGUAAACGAGGAAACUCCCACUGUGGAGGCCAUUGUGGAAGCCUCCCACUACCCGCUGAGCAUCGUAGUCGUUGGGGUGGGGGACGGACCAUGGGACACCAUGGAGGAAUUUGACAACCACCUCCCCAAGAGGAAGUUUGACAAUUUUCAGUUCGUGAACUACCAUCGAGUGAUCAGCAAGUCGAAGAACCCAGACACGACGUUUGCCCUGCAUGCUCUCAUGGAAAUUCCAGACCAGUACAAGACCAUCAAAUCUCUAGGUUAUCUCGACCCUGACCGCCAGACACAAGAGUCCCUAGACAUCAAACAUCGCAGAACUUCCAAUGAGGCUUACAUCUAACAUGGCUUCAUGCCUGUAAUUGAAACAGAGUACAGCAGUUAGUAUGGUUACACUGGAUACAAAGGUUUGCUAAGAAUGUUUUGA